AUGGAGCUGAGGUUAGUAUAUGUGCUGCCGAAGCGAGCACAUGGAGCUGAGUUCCAACUUUCUUCCAGGCCUGAGAGAUUUUUCGUGGGGAGGGUCACAGUGUCAGAGAAAAAGCAGCUUGUAGGCUUGGGUCUCUUGGAGGAGGAUGAGGAGUUCAAGGAGUUCUCUGCGAAAGAGUGGGCUGGUUUAGGUGAAGAUGAAGAUCCAGAUGCACAUGUCUCGGAGGAUAAUUGGGAUGAUGACAGUGUAGAGGAUGACUUCUCCAAUCAGUUACAACCUGAACUAGACAAACAUGGUUAUAAGAUGGAGACCUUGUAG